UCUUGCUCUCUCCGCUCCAUAUCGAAAGUGGAAGAAAAACGCUGCUAGAGUCCACUACCAUCCACCUGAGACAUCGGUUAUGGCCCGAAAACCACCGUCACUGAUCACCAGCAUAGCGGCGGCGCCGCUCCUCCUCCUCCUCCUUCUCGGCCUGGUUGCCACCACCAACGCUGUCGUGCCACGAGUCGGGGUUAACUAUGGGACAGUCGCAGACAACCUCCCGCCGCCUCGGCAGGUGGCGGAGUUCCUCCAGAGCCGCACAUCCAUCGACCGUGUGAAGCUCUUCGGAUCCGAUCCCACUCAGAUCCAGGCUUUCGCCGGGACUGGCAUCGCCGUCACGGUGGCCGUGGCUAACGGCGAGGUGCUCUCCCUGGUGAACCCCGGCGGAGCCGCCCAGUGGGUCGCCACCCACGUCUCUCCCUUUGUCCCCGCCACCAAUAUCACCCGCAUCUCUGUCGGCAACGAGAUCCUCGCCACCGCCGAUAAGAACCUCAUCGCCCACCUCCUCCCUGCCAUGCGCUCCCUCCACAACGCCCUCUCCGCCGCCGGCCUCCGCCACAUCCAGGUCUCUACCCCGCAUUCCCUCGGCAUCCUUUCCGUCUCCCAGCCCCCGUCCUCCGGCCGCUUCCGCCGUGGCUAUGACCGCGUUAUCUUCGCCCCGAUGCUCGAGUUCCUCCGCUCCAUCGGCUCGCCCUUCAUGGUUAACCCGUACCCUUACUUCGGUUAUACUCCGGCUACCUUGAACUACGCCAUAUUCCAGCCGAACGCCGGCAUCUACGACCCCGCCACGGGACACAACUACACCAACAUGUUCGAUGGCCAGAUGGACGCCGUCUACUCGGCGAUGAAGCGCCUCGGCUACGGCGACGUGGAGAUCGUGGUGGCGGAGACCGGAUGGCCGUCCGCCGGCGAUCCCGGCCAGGUCGGCGUGAGCCUCGAAGCCGCCGAGUCCUACAACGGGAACCUCAUCCGCCACGUCACGUCCGGCGUGGGGACGCCGCUGAUGCCCGGUCGGAAGUUUGAGACGUUCAUCUUCUCGCUCUUCAACGAGAACCUCAAGCCCGGGCCGACCGCCGAGCGCAACUUCGGUCUCUUCCGCCCCGACUUCACGCCCGUCUACAACGUCGGCGUCGCGCUCGAUCAGUCAGGGGACGCUUCGCCGGUGACUCCGGCGCCAUCGUCGGCAGGGAAGAAGUGGUGCGUGCCGAAGGCGGACGUGGACGGCGGGGCGCUGCAGAAAAACAUCGAUUACGUGUGCAGCUCGGGGGUCGACUGUUCGCCGAUACAGCCGGGUGGCGCGUGCUUCCAGCCCUCAACCGUCAAGUCCCACGCCGCUUACGCCAUGAACGCUUAUUUCCAAUCCGCCGGCCGCCACGACUUCAAUUGUGACUUCGCCGGUACUGGCGUCAUGACCGCCACCGACCCCAGCUACGGCAACUGCAUCUACGCAGCGUGAAGCUCGAGACCAUUAAUGGCGGGCGUUACAAGGAAGAAAUGUCGUGGGGAGGACGUCACCGGAGAAGAAAACCAUAGAAAAAGGAAACGGCUAUUCGGCGGCCCGCUGUUUAACUCAAGCAAAACAAAAUUUAUUCGUUCUAUUAAUUGGUUCGGUACUAUUUUUAACGUGUACUAGCUCAGGCCUUGGGAAAAAGAAUGUAAGUAGAAGAGGAGUUUCGGAUGCUUGUGAGUGGAGCCCUGUAUAACUGAGAAGCUCUCUCUCUCUCUCUCCCUCUCCCUCUCUCUGAUAUUUAUAUAUAAAUUUAGGUGUGUGUUGUUUUCUUCUUAUAUGAAAACGAGGAAAGGUUGGUCGUCUGCA